ACCAUAUCAUUCACGUGGGUGAGAAAGGUCAGAAUGUGGAAACACUAGAAAGAAAGUCGUAUAGGGGAGUAAUAAUCCCCCAUUUUAAGGCGCUCAAAAUCGGUGUUUUUCUUCUUUCUUUCCCACAGCGCUCACCCACUCUCAUCCUUUCUCCGUUCUUCACUCUCCACGCCGGCGGAAACUAGUUCUUGGAUCCCCGCAUUUCUCACCGUAGCUUGAUUUUAACUCACCGAUCAAACGGGAAUGGCUUUCCAAAAGAUCAAGGUUGCCAACCCCAUCGUCGAGAUGGACGGGGAUGAAAUGACCAGGGUUAUUUGGCAAUCAAUCAAGGACAAGCUCAUUUUGCCAUUUCUGGAGUUGGAUAUAAAGUACUUUGACCUUGGCCUUCCUCAUCGUGAUGCCACAGAUGAUAAGGUUACAGUUGAGAGUGCAGAAGCUACCCUGAAGUAUAAUGUAGCAAUUAAGUGUGCAACCAUUACUCCAGAUGAAGACCGUGUAAAGGAAUUUAACCUGAAACAAAUGUGGAAGAGUCCAAAUGGAACAAUUAGGAACAUCUUGAAUGGUACUGUGUUCAGGGAGCCAAUUCUUUGCAAGAACAUUCCCCGCCUUGUCCCAAGUUGGAAUAAAGCAAUUUGCAUUGGUAGACAUGCAUUUGGUGAUCAGUACAGAGCAACUGAUACAGUUAUUCAAGGAGCUGGAAAACUCAAACUGGUGUUCGUACCGGAAGGAAAGCAAGAUGAAAAGACAGAGUUUGAGGUUUUCAACUUCACUGGAGCUGGUGGAGUUGCCCUUUCGAUGUACAACACUGAUGAGUCUAUUCAUGCUUUUGCUGAAGCUUCGAUGAACAUGGCAUAUGAAAAGAAGUGGCCCCUAUAUCUCAGUACAAAGAAUACUAUUCUUAAGAAAUAUGAUGGAAGGUUCAAGGAUAUAUUUCAAGAAGUCUACGAAGCUCAAUGGAAAUCAAAGUUUGUAGAGGCUGGAAUUUGGUAUGAACACCGUCUUAUAGAUGAUAUGGUUGCUUAUGCAUUGAAGAGUGAUGGUGGGUAUGUCUGGGCAUGCAAGAACUAUGAUGGGGAUGUUCAGAGUGAUUUCCUAGCUCAAGGCUUUGGAUCUCUUGGUCUGAUGACAUCUGUCCUGCUCUGCCCGGACGGAAAAACCAUAGAGGCUGAAGCAGCACAUGGAACUGUUACACGCCACUAUAGAGUUCACCAGAAGGGUGGUGAAACUAGCACAAACAGCAUUGCCUCCAUCUUUGCUUGGACUCGUGGCCUGGCACACAGGGCAAAGUUGGACAACAAUGUUAGACUAUUGGAUUUCACGGAGAAGCUUGAAGCAGCUUGCAUUGGUGCUGUGGAGUCCGGGAAGAUGACCAAAGAUCUUGCACUUAUCAUCCAUGGCUCCAAGCUUUCAAGGGAAACAUAUCUGAACACCGAACAAUUCAUUGAUGCUGUGGCAGAUGAACUGAAAGCUAGGCUCUUGAAGGCAAAGGCCUAAAUGUCUGGAGAUGUAGCAGUGAAAGUUGUACUUUUAUAGCAGUAAAGGGGCUUCAAAGUGAGUAGUGUUUUCUCUGAUGUGAACUUCGAUCUUUGUCUUGAGUUUGGGUAUAUUUUUCGUAUCCUAUCAAAUGAGUGUCUGAUGCGGACCUUUUUUUAUCAAGUAUCAUAGAUGAGCAAAAUCACUUGUGUUACGUGAACAUACAAUUGUUGGAAGUGUGCCAAAAUUGAGUUUAAUAGUAUGGGAAUUUUGAAUUUAUUGUCAACACCCUGAGCUUAUGGUGGAACUUCUUUACACCAGCUGAUAUUUAUUAUGGGUUCAGUAAAAUUUGGUUUGAAUGUCUGCUUUUUGUCCGUCUCC